CAUAAUCCUAAAGUCCCAUUUGCAAAAUUUCCUCUGAUUUUAAUUUUCUUUUCUCCCUGCUCUUUCCCGUUCUUCAAGUUGACACAUUGCUCAUCAUCAUCACCACCUGUAUACACUGAUCAGAAAGGCAGGCAGGAUAACACAAAAGAAUAUGGCUUCUUCUACAUCUCUUUUCUUUCUUUGUCCGCUCGCCAUUCAUUUCUUGGUUCUCACAGCCCAGUCUCAGCCAGAAAUGUUAUACAAGGCUUGUCUUCCAGACAAGGGUAACUACGCCAUUAAAAGUACCUACCAGGCAAAUCUCAAACAGCUCCUCACUUCCAUCUACACCAACACUGAAAUAAACAACGGCUUCUACAAUUUCUCUUAUGGACAAGAUCCUGACGUUGUUAAAUCUAUUGCUCUCUGUAGACCAGACAUUACCCCUCAAGCUUGCCGUGACUGUAUAAAAAAUGCCAGUGAUUCUCUCCUCGUGCUCUGUCCAACCUCGAAGGAGGCCAUUGGCGGGCUAGAUGAUUGUAUGGUGCGCUAUUCAUACCGCGACAUUUUCAGACUUAAUGAAGGCCGCCGACUUUUUUUUUUUGUGCACAGCAAUGACAGAAUGAAGAAUGUCUCCGAAUCCAAGAUAAGUGGGUUCAAUCAGUCGAGGAUGACCUUGUUAGACAGUCUUAGGGACAGAGCUGCGGCGGGUGAUUCUCGUUACAAGUUUGAUUAUAACCAAACCCUUGACCCCAACUUUCAAACCAUAUAUGCACUUGUGCAGUGUACUCCUGAUUUAACUGAAUCUGAAUGCAGAGAUUGUCUGCAUUUUGCUUCGGGACUUAUUCCAGAGUGUUGUGAAUUUAAUACUGGAGGAAGAGUUAUUAACCCAAGCUGUAAUUUCAGAUAUGAGACAGACCGUUUCUACAGUCCUGAGAAUAUGCCGUCUGCGCCAUCUCCACCUCCACCAGGAAAAUCCCUCGUUGUGAUCAUUGUAAUUGUCACAGUAGCUGUUUCUACAAUAGUUGCAAUUUGCGUAUUCAUAUUCUUGAGAGCAAGGAAUAAGAAGAAAGAGUUCAAACGCACAGAAGCAAUGAAUAAGAAGGAAGGGUUCAACGGCAUAGUUGAUUCUGAAAUUGAAGAUGCGGAAUCCUUGCAAUUUGACUUUGGCACUGUGAGAACGGCAACAAAUGACUUCUCUGAAGAAAAUAAGCUUGGACAGGGUGGAUUUGGAGCUGUGUACAAAGGUGAGCUUCCUAAUGGACAACACAUAGCUGUAAAAAGGUUGUCCAAGGAAUCAAAACAGGGACAACUAGAGUUUAAGAAUGAGGUCCUAUUGGUGGCCAAGCUUCAGCACAAGAAUUUGGUUAGACUUCUGGGUUUCUGCCUUGAAAGAAAAGAAAGGCUUCUUAUCUAUGAGUUUGUGCCCAACUCCAGCCUCGACCACUUCAUAUUUGAUCCUAUCAAGAGAACACAUUUGGAUUGGGAGAGGCGCUACAAAAUUAUCGUAGGCAUUGCUCGAGGUCUUCUUUACCUUCAUGAAGAUUCUCGACUUCGAAUUAUACAUCGUGAUCUCAAAGCUAGUAACGUAUUAUUAGAUGAAGAGAUGAAUCCAAAAAUUUCAGAUUUUGGCAUGGCAAGAUUAUUUGAAGUAGAUCAAACGCAAGAAGAAACAAGUAGAAUUGUGGGGACCUUUGGAUAUAUGGCUCCAGAAUAUAUACACCAUGGACGCUUCUCUGUCAAGUCAGAUGUUUUCAGCUUUGGUGUUUUAGUUUUGGAAAUUGCGAGCGGCCAAAAGAGCAGCGGCGCUGGUAUUGGGGAGGAAGAAGAGGACCUUCUGACAUAUAGUUGGAAAAAUUGGAAUGAAGGGACAGCUUUAAAUUUGAUAGAUCCCACCAUGAGAGUUGCACCGAGAAGUGAGAUGAUGAGAUCCAUCCACAUUGGAUUACUAUGUGUUCAAGAACAUGAAGCUAAUCGACCAACAAUGGCUCAAGUUUUUACUCUGCUCGGUGGCUAUUCUAUUACUCUGCCAGUUCCCUCAAAACCUGCAUUUUUUAUGCAGAGUGCAUUGAGGACAGAGGCAUCAUUGUCAACAAAUGAAAGGUCAAAUGAAGAUGUCCAGCAAUCCAGAAAUGAAGUUUCGACCUCCGAGCUGUACCCUCGAUAGUGUUUGAGGAAGGUUAAAUUCAUUAAGCAUGUUCCUGCAGGCUGCAGCAACAGGAUCUAUUUUUCUCCAGAUUUUCAUGUGAACCUUUUCUUUUUGAUUUCUGUUCUUGCAGUAUCUUAACUAGAAAUUUGAAUGUAAUAUUUGCUGUAUUCAAGUUGAACACAAAUGCAAUAAAUAUUGAGUUGAUCAAAGUCAGUCCAA